GGAAAGGGGGUCGUGGCUUAACAUUAGCCAAUAAGGGGGAUAUUACAGUAUCGCUUCAUGGGUUUAUUUAGACUGAUUCUACGGUUUGACAAGCAGCUGUAAAGAAAAAAAAACAGAAAGAGAAACUCGGGAAGAUUUUAUAGAGGAGCAUUGUGGACCUACGAAUUUUAUUCUUAUCUAAUUUAUAUCUAUCCAUUGCUCUUUAUAUAUUUUUAUCACUCCUUCUCCUGAAAAUGAAACUUUGGACUUUUCCCUGGCUGCCUUGCCUGGUGAUACUCAUCUUAUGUUUUGGAUCAGAGUGCGGGACUGUCCGGAGAAUGGGGAGAUCCAAAAGGGACUUGGUGCGUAUCAGGGAGGCGAGAGCCACCUUCCCAGGGGCUUGUGCCACACGUCUGCCGCGGGGCAAACGCUCCUUGCCCGGCAUGGAACGACGGGUGCCUCGCCAGCGUCGGCGCUCCUCUCAGGCGGAGGAGAACUCUCCAAGUCGGGUGAAAGCUGUUUAUUUUACCGGCAGGGGAGACCAACUUCGGCUUAAACCGAGCGUGGAGAUACCGAGAGGGAAUUUUACUCUGGAGAUGUGGAUCAAACCAGAGGGAGGCCAACGAUCUCCUACGGUGAUUGCAGGUCUGUACGAUAAGUGUUUCUACGCUUCCAGCGACCGGGGUUGGCUGCUGGGCAUCCGGGCGGUCAGCGAGCAGGGCAACCGUGACCCACGCUUCUUCUUCUCCCUAAAGACGGACCGUGCCCACAAGGUCACCUCCGUCCACUCCAACGCCCGCUACCUGCCCAACACCUGGGCCCACCUGGCAGUCACCUAUGACGGGCUCUACAUGAAGCUCUACGUCAACGGCGCCCAGGUGGGCGUCAGCCGUGAACAGUCGGGCAACGUCUUCAGCCAUCUGACCAAGAAGUGCAAGGUGCUGAUGGUGGGCGGGAACGCUCUGAACCAUAACUACCGGGGGACUGUGGAGAGGGUAAGUCUGUGGAGGGAGGCCCGGGAACAGAGGCAGAUAAUCUGGGACAUGCAGGGUCACGAAAAUCCUCAAGAUGCUCCUCUGCUGGUGAUCAGGGAGACCUUUGAACACCCUGCCCGGAAGUGGCUGACAGUGAAGGAUGGGAGCUUCCCCCAGCCAGAGGAGGGUUGCAGCAGGGCGGGGCAGGCUGGAGUAGGGGUAGGAGAAGGUGGAACUGGAGGGUCUCUGGACACUACCCUGGAACCCCCGCCCUGUGGUCAAACUGUCUGCGACAACGUGGAAGUGGUGACCAACUACAACCGCACCUGGACCUUCCGGAAGUCCAAGACGGUACGUUACCGUGUGGUCAACGUGUGGGACGACGCUCGGCGCCGGCCCACCGUCACGCCUCGUCAGAUCCACCUGCAGCACCAGCAACUCAACAACGCCUUCGCCGUCUACAACAUCACCUGGGAGCUGAGCGUCCACAACGUCACCAACUCCUCGCUGCGCCACCGUCUGGUCCUGGCCAACUGUGACAUCAGCAAAGUGGGUGACGAGGCGUGCGACCCAGAGUGCAACCACACGCUGACGGGUUUAGACGCGGGUGACUGUAUUAGGCACCGUAGCCACUGCCCUCAGUCCAAGCAGGGCAACGGGGUGUGCGACCCCGAGUGUAAUUGGGACAACUUCUUCUACGACAACGGAGACUGCUGUAACCCCAAUGUGACGGAUGUGACCAAGACCUGCUUCAACCGCUCCUCUCCACACAGAGCCUAUUUGGAUGUAAAGGAGCUGAAAGAGAUCCUGAAUCUGGAUGGCUCUACUCACCUUAACGUCUUCUUUGCCAACUCGUCUGAUGAAGACCUGGCUGGAGUUGCUACUUGGCCGUGGGACAAAGAAGCAUUAACACAUUUGGGUGGCAUUGUUCUGAAUCCCUCCUUCUACGGCACAUUUGGUCACAACCACACCAUGAUCCAUGAGAUCGGCCACAGUCUCGGGCUGUACCACGUGUUCCGGGGGAUCUCAGAGAUUGAGUCCUGUAACGAUGCAUGUCUGGAGACUGAGCCUUCGUUGGAGACAGGAGAUCUGUGUGAAGACACUAACCCCACGCCCAAGUACAAGCACUGCAGAGACCCUGAGCCUGGCAACGACACCUGCGGGCGUCGCCACUUCACAAACACACCGUACAACAACUACAUGAGCUACGCAGAUGACGACUGUACGAACUCUUUCACCUCCAACCAAGUUGCCCGGAUGCACUGCUACCUGGACCUGAUCUACCAGACGUGGCAGCCCGAUCCCAAGCCGCCCCCUGUGCCCAUGGCGCCCCAAGUGGUGGAGCAAGAGCAUGCCGCCAUUACCCUGGAGUGGUUCCCGCCUAUCUCCGGCCACUUCUACGACAGAGAAGUGGGAUCAGUGUGUGAUAAAUGCACAGAGGGUCGGGUACUGAUGCAAUACGCAUCCAACUCCUCGUCCCCCCGACCCUGCGCCCCCUCUGGACACUGGAGCCCCCGCGAGGCCGAAGGACCUCCAGACGUGGAGCAGGCAUGUGAGCCCAGCGUGCGUACCUGGAGCCCCAACGCCGGCAUCGAGCAGUGGGUUGUGGGGCUGUCUGAGUGCCCCCUGCAGGGUUGCAUGCUCCAGCUGGAGUUCCCCCACCCACUAGUACCCGACUCCCUCACCGUGUGGGUCACCUUCUUCAGCCCCGAGGAGAUGGCCCUUCCCGCCAUCCACAACAUCCUGCUCCUGACCGUCAGUGGAAACAACCUCUCGUUGGGUCCUAGUAACGUGUUCUGUGAUGCGCCGCUGACGCUGAAGCUGGACGUGGAGGAGGAGGUGUACGGCGUGCAGUUCUUCACCAUGGAGCAGCAUCUGGAGAUUGAUGCCACCCUACUGGCGUCCAAGCCCGACUGCCCGCUGUGCCGCCACUGCAAGCCACUCAUCCACCGACUGCUGCGUCAGCCGCCAUUCUCCCAUACCCCCCAUGGCGUGCUGUUGAACAACCCUGCCAGGCGAUACACUGACAGGGACGUGGUACCAGGCAGUGUGUACACCUACCAGGUCCAAACCAUCUCCGGCCGCAGUGAAAGUGAACCGUCUCCACCCCUCACCCAUCAGCUUGGGGCACCAUACUGCGGAGACGGACGCGUCCAGAGGGCCCAGGGAGAGGAGUGUGAUGAUAUGAACUCCAUGAAUGGAGACGGCUGCUCCAGCCAGUGUGAGAAGGAGCCCUUCUUCAACUGUGUCGAGGAGCCCAGUAUGUGUUACUUCUACGACGGUGACGGAGUGUGUGAGGACUUUGAGCGGGAGACCAGCGUGAGGGACUGUGGCCUGUACACCCCCAGUGGGUUCCUGGACCAAUGGGCCACAACCGUACUGGUGUCCCACCAGGAGAGUCUCUACUGCCCAGCCGAGGUGGCCGCCGGCUACCCUGCCGUCACUAAAACAUGCCAGUCCAAGGUAUUUGACCUUUCUGACGGAGUGUCCCAGUACGCCUGGUUCCCCUGCAGAGAGGCCCUGCAGUCCUCCAGAUACCCUCAGUACUGGCUCAAGGCCAACUUCUCCCACCCCAUGGUGGCUGCUGCUGUGAUAAUCCACCUAGCUGCAGAUGGUACGGGCUACAUCGACCAGACGCAGUGCAACAUCACUGUUAAACUGGUGGACACCAAGGAGGUCAUCCACAGCUUAGGCGAUUGGCGUCUGAGCUGCAGGACCAACCCCCUGGUAAUCCCAGUGAGCCAUGACCUGAGUGUGGCCUUCUACCACACCAAGUCCAUCCUGGUCGAGUUCCGCUCCCACCUGGUAGCCAUCUCUGGCGUGGGCCUGCGCUCCUUCCAGUUCUUUGACCCAAUCACCAUCAGCGGGUGCCAGAGCAACGAGAUCUACAACCCCAUGGGUCAGAGCUGUGUCCAUUACUCGUGUGAGGCCAUCGACUGCCAGGAGCCGCUGAUCCGCAAUGCAGAGCUCAAGUGCAGCAGUCUGGGCUUCUUCAACGGAGCUCGCUGCACCAUCACCUGUAACUCCGGCUACGUCCUGCAGGUCCACAGAGACGAUGACAUCAUCAAGACUCAGUCGGACUCAACAGUGACCAUCACCUGUGCAGAUGGAAAGUGGAAUAAGCAGGUGUCGUGUGAGCCAGUAGACUGUGGCCUACCAGACAAGUACCACGUCCACCCAGCCCACUUUAACUUCCCUGAGGGAACUACUUAUGGCAAGAGGAGUACCUUCCAGUGCAGGGAGCCUGCCCAGCUUGUAGGUUCUAACAACACCCUGACGUGUCUGGAGGAUGGUCUGUGGUCGUUCCCCGAGGCGCUGUGUGAGCUGCGCUGUCCGGCAUCGCCCCAUGUGCCCAACGCCAUGUUGCAGACCAAGCGCUGCAACGACACAGGCCUCAAAGUGGGCUCCCUCUGCAAGUACAAGUGCAAGCCGGGCUACCACGUCACCAACAAGCCCAAAAGGCGAGCAUUUAAGCGUCAGUGCACGGAGGACGGCAGCUGGCUGGAGGGGGCGUGCGAACCGGUGACCUGUGACCCUCCGCCCGCCAUCUUCCACGGCAUGUACCAGUGCACCGACGGCUUUCGCUUCGACAGCACCUGCUGGAUCAACUGCCCCAGAGCCAACCACACGGUGAGACCGCUGCACACCGCUCCAUGCAAGCAGGGGCCCAGCACCAAUGUGAUCCGUUGUAGGAAGGACGGCAACUGGACGGGUUCCUUCAAGCUCUGUCCUCAGAGCAAGGGACAGUGCUCUCUACCUCAAAACCUUAACCCUAGCAUACGAGUCAGCUGCAAGAAGGGACAUGGAAUAGGUGAGGAGUGUGAGCUGACGUGCAGGGACAAUAACAGCGACGUGGUGAUCCUGCUUAGCAACAUGACCGCAGACAGCAUGCGCAAGGAGCACUGGAGAAACCCACCCAAAGUCAAGAAUAUAGUGUGUACAAUGGGACUGAAGUGGUAUCCACACCCAGAGGUGCUCCACUGCAUCAAAAGAUGUGAUCCGUUCAUUGGAGACAAUUACUGUGACUCGGUCAACAACAGAGCCUUCUGUAACUACGACGGAGGGGACUGCUGCCACUCCACCGUCAAGACCAAGAAGGUAAUCCCGUUCCCCAUGUCCUGUGACAUACGAGAAGACUGUGCCUGCCGAGACCCCAAAGCUGCAGAGAACAGGAAAGAAGAGCACGUCCACUCCCUGGGGUGACACUCCCUCCUUGCCCCCCCCACCCCAAACCCUCACCCCAAAACCUCACCCCAAAACCACCCACACCUGGACUGGGACCGAAGGCGACCCGCUGUCCCCUUCCUCCCCCUAACCUCUUCCACAUGCUGCUUUACAGGAGUAGCUCUCCACCCAUACUGCACCCCCCUAACAGACACCUGCCUCCGACUUCUCCACAUUGGGAAAGAUGAACAGACCAGACUAGAUAGGAUAAGGGAAAACCCAUUUCUUAAAGAAAGGAAAGAAUCUGCAAAGUCACAAACCACCAAAAAAAAGAAAACACAAAUACAACAUUUUUUUUGGAAUGAACAAUAUAUAUAAAAAAUGACCCCAAAACAAACCCAGACUGGAUAGCAUGCCUUUUGUUUAGUUUGGUGCCAGCUUCCGUGUCCAUAUAAAAACGUACAA